UAUAUGGUAUGGUAAGAGAGUGGAACUCAUAAAACCGAACCAUAAAUAAAAUGUUUGAACAGAAGUAGUAUUUAACAGAAACGUAUUUGUAACAACUCGUACGUACUGUUAGUGCAAAAAUUUCUAAUUUUUUAAUAGAAAAAAAUAUAUUAUAAUCGUAAUGAUUCGGAUUAUUAAUACAGAAAAUUCACUAACAAGACAAGUCGUUGUAGUUGUUUUUAUUAGCAUGGCACUAUUAUCAUUCUGCUUAGAAGAUAGUUCACCGCGUCUGAUUAGUGACAACACUUUCGAAAACUUUACUGAGAUCGUAACAAAAGAAGGAUACAAGGCCGAACAACACACGGUUAUAACAAGAGACGGUUACAUCAUUACCUUCUUCAGAAUGUACAACGAGACCUUCAAGGAACGGAACUGCACUCCAGUUUUUGUCUUCCACGGCGUCCUGAUGAGCUGUGAUUCCUUUCUGGACCUGGGAAAGGCGUCGUUGCUGUAUACUCUAGCCAACGCCGGCUAUGACGUGUGGGCUGGCAACGCCAGAGGAAACUACUACGCACGUCAUCAUGUCACACUAAACCCAGACUACGAUCGAGAAUUCUGGAACUUCACUACCGACGAGAUAGGCGGAUAUGACGUACCGGCGCAGCUAGAUCAUGUGCUUCUAAUCACCGGCCAUUCGAAAGUAAGCAUCAUUGCUUUUUCUCAGGGGGCUGAAUGCGUGUGUAUAACACUAUGUGAAUUGCCAGAAUACAACAAGAAAGUUGCCAUUUACUUUGCUCUAGCGCCGACGGUGCGACUGUUGCAUUCCACUUCUCUGUUCUUCCGCCUGUUAGUUGAAGGACUAGUUGGGGUAGAUGUUUUAGCUCCUAAAUUUAAAACAUUCGUUGGGGAAAUUCUCCCAAGAGGCGGUUAGGUGCAGUCACUGCUAGAGCUGGUCUGUGGAUUAAGAGGCACUCUGGGGGUCCCUCAGGAGGCUUGUGGGGACUUCAUAUACCUUCUCGACUCGUACCAUCCCGGUUCUAUGACACCAGAUAUCAUUGAAAGACUCUACA